GAAAGGACAGACGAGCCUGGUCGUGUUUGGGUCCUGAAAGUCGGCAACAUGGCCAUUUGGAGGACCUGGGCUCCCCUGCUGGCACUGUUCUGCCUGGUGUUGGGACAAGAGGAGCCUGGAGAUGAGCAACUCCUCGAGGAGAACCGCCUGCGAGAUGAGGUGACGGAGACCGCCUCCGGGUUGCAGUACGAGGUGGUGAAGAGUGGUCCGGUGGAGGGCCCAAAUCCAGAUCUCCAAUCCGCGUGCGUGCUCCACUACCGCGGCACCUUGCUGAACGGCACGGAGUUUGACAGCUCUUACAAGCGCAACACACCCGCGCGUUUCAAGCCUGCCUCGCUGAUGCCUGGAUUCAAGGAGGCCUUGCUGAUGAUGAGGCCAGGAGACACCUGGAAGAUUUGGGUCCCCAGCGCGAUCGGCUAUGGAUCGAAGGGCGCCGGCAGUGCCAUUCCACCCGAUGCAGGGCUCUUCUUCGAGGUAGAGAUGCUGGAGGUGAACCCGCCGGCGGAGGGCCUGGACUGGCUCUGGGAACAAGCCCUGGCGAACCCCAUGCCGCUCGCGCUGUUGGGACUUUUUGCCUUCCAGUUGGUGCAGCAAUACUUCUCCAAGGGCACGGGUGACCUGAAGGAGCUGCUGAUCCUGGAUGCGGAAAAAGAUGAGGAAAACACAAAGGUUUUUCUGAGCAUCAAAAUCGGGUUUGAAACGCCCAAGAAGGUGGAGAUCCAGCUCUUCGCCAAGAGCUACCCCAAAACAGCGGAGAACUUCCGCGCGCUGUGCACCGGGGAGAAGGGCAAGGGCGACAGCGGCAAGCCCUUGGCCUUCAAAGGCAGCACAUUCCACCGGAUCAUCCCGGGGUUUAUGUGCCAAGGAGGUGACUUCACGCACGGCAAUGGUCGAGGGGGUGAGUCGAUCUACGGCGACAAGUUUGAGGACGAGUUCACCAACGGAUUCAUCUCGCACGACGCAGAAGGGCUUCUCUCGAUGGCCAAUGCGGGCAAGGAUACGAACGGAUCACAGUUCUUCAUCACCCUGGGUCCAUGCAAACACCUCGAUGGCAAGCAUGUGGUUUUUGGGCAAGUGACUGAAGGGAUGGAUGUGGUGAAGGCGAUGGGCGACGUGGGUACGAGUGGCGGUGACCCAAAAAUAGAGGUGGUCAUCGAAGACUGUGGAGAGAUCAAGAGCAAGUCCACCUGAACACUUCAGUGGCGUCCGCGCCGACUGCGUGGACCGCGCCGACGCAAAAGCGCUCGCAAACGGUGCAGCAAGGAUCUGAAGGGGCUUUCCGCCCGGCGCGGCGACACGGCGCCGACGGCCGAAACGCCGCAUGGUAUCAGGUGCGCGAAGGAAUGGAACAAGGGAU